UCUUGACACACUCGCCUGGUGACCGUGUGUGCGUUUGUGUGCCCGUUUAUCCAGGCGUGUGUGCGUGUACGUUUAAGUGUGUGAGUGCAAGAGGACCAGCAAGACGGCCAGGCAUUUGAGAACUUAAGGGAGACUGAACAACGUCUUAAUCGGCGCAGACUGCAGACAAGAAUGGAGAGCUACAUGGAGAUGUCUCACAAAUGGGGGGCGGAAUUUAUCGAGAGUCUGCAGACCAGGGAAAGAUUUUCGCAGGUAAAGGUAAAGGUAACGGGGAGAAAUAGGAGCAGGGAAGGAAGGAGAGAGACCAAGCAACAAACGCAAAGAUCAAAACCAUCCAAGAUCGGAACAUGGAAUAUUCGGUUUGUACCAAUCUGGAAAACUGGACAAUGUUCUCCACGAGACAGACAGAAUGAAUGUCUGGUGCUAGACAAAAUUAUUUCAAGAUCCGUUGUGUUGCUCUCGCCCAAAAACGACCGCAUUCUCCUAGUCAAGACCAAAGCUAGUCCUGUAAACGUAGCUUAUACUCUCACUGCGGAUGCUGAAGACCAACAAAUCGACAUCUUCAACAACUCUCUUGAUGAACUUUUCUCAUCAUAUAAAUCAAACGAAAUUAUGAUUGUCAUGGGUGAAUUUAAUGCUAAUGCCCCUAACCAUGACACUGACUAUCGUUUUGGUGCCUUCAUUGAGAACAUUCAAGCAGCAGCUGCUAAAACCAUCCCGACACAUCUGCAAAUGACCACCCAAAUACUUUUUGAUGCUGUUAUGGAAGCCAGCGAACACCUUGGCCUCCAUGUCAACAGCAAGAAAACUAAUUAUAUGGAAAUUUCGAAGCCAGAGGUCCCACCAAUUUGUCCACUGAAACAGGGAGAAGUAGAAAUCCAAGUCCAUGAAAAUGUGUCUUACACUGAGAUCUUCAGAAGAGGACAGGGACGCGAGCUUCUAGAAUCGAUUCGAGCGGGACAACACAAAUUCCUCGGGCAUGCAAUCCGUAAGGGCACAUUAGAAGACCUUUGGCUAAGUGGUAAAACUGAAGGUAAGCAAGCCCAAGGUAGGCCGAGACUUCCACGUCUGCAGUGUCUCCAGGUUGCUAUGGUAACGAUCUCAGAGGUUUCCCCUCAUCCAGCUUUCCCCGGUCUGCGUAGUGUCGUCUGGCAGGGCACCUUGUGCAUAGCAGGUGACAGGCCAUACUGGUGGGUGCAUGAGACGCCCGUAUACGCCCACCGCAGGCCGCCCGUGCUCAUGCAAUACCCGCGGACUUGUGAAACGGGACCUGGCAUGCCCUCGGGUCACGCCAAACUGAAUGCCGCCAUGUUCUAUAUCCUGGUGUCCGCGUUCAACGAGAUGGUGGUCAAGAACACGACGCUCCUGAGCCAGAAACAGCGUGUGUGGGCGACUCGUGGGCUGUGGGCGGCUUACGGAAUCUGGAUGACGUUGGUGCUGAUCUCAAGGACGUAUAUCGCCGCCCACUUCCCCCAUCAGUGCGUGGCAGGCGCUCUCAUAGGACUGAUGAUGGCCAUGAUGGUGUCUCGCAUGCCGGUCUUGCAACAUCUCACACGCCGUCAGUAUGUUGCACUCUCUGUCACCAUCAUCGUCUCUGUCCUGGGAAUCUACUUCAGCGUCAGGACCAUCGGAGGGAACGUUCUGUGGUCCCUGGAAAAGGCCAUCAAGUGGUGCGUGAAGAGGGAGUACAUCCACAUUGACUCCACUCCAUUCUACUCCUUCUCUCGUUACUCCGGGGUCUCGCUCGGUCUCGGUCUCGGUCUCUCUUCGCCGUGGUUCAAGAAAGCUGCCAAGUCGAGAUUCAGCACCAACAUGAUCGCGUCCUUAGCUGUGCUCAACUUCGUCACGAGUCAGAUUGGCGUCGUCGUGCACAAGUCCCUCUCGCCCGCCAUGUUUGGGUGGUACGUUGCAGAAUUCACUCUCAAUUGCACCGUGACCUUCAUGCUGGUGGCCGCCCUUCCAAAUUUCGUCAGGGUCGUGUACAAUGCACGUGCGGGCGACAAGUACAAGAAGAAAUGAAGAGGGGGUGGGCGUACGUAGUUGUUUGUUGCCUGUUUGGGGGGCGGGUUUUCUGCGUACUGUGUGUGCUCGAAGUGAGAGGGAGAGAGUGUGGAGGGAGGAUUUUCGUGUUUUCCUUCGCUCUCCUCCUUAUGCUACUUUUCUGAUUCUUCCUUUCCUUUAUUUCUUUUUUUUUUCUUUUCUUUUCCUUUUUCCUGCUUCUUUUUUUCUUUUUACGUCUUCUUUAUCAUCUCGCUUCUUCUAAUGUUUCAUUUCUUUCUCCUUCUUCUCCUACAUCUAUUUUUCUUCUUCUUUUUCUUCCUUUUCCUGUUUCUUAUUUUUGGAUUGGUGUUGAAAGACUGUAAUAUUUUCUUUAUUUCUUAUUGUUUGAAUUAUCUUCGGUAAUUUUCCACCUGUGUUAUUCUUGUGAGAUUCACGUAUCAUUGUAACGUUAUGUUAUUAAAACAAAUAUAUAUAA